UAACGGUGUAUCAGUGUGUACGUGUGUGUCCGUGUAGAGUGUUCUUGUUCGAAGGGUGUGACACGAAACAGUUUGGUUGCGUCGGCGCCGACACCGAUUUGCACGUGCCUUUCGCUUUGGUUUCCUUUCCUUUUCGACAUCCUCGCCGUGUGUCCUUUUAUUAUUGUCUUACCUGGCCACAAUUACCGUUAUCGCUUGCCCCCCGUUCGAUGGAUGUGGAGGCCAAAUUGCUUUUGUCCUCGAACAGUUCUGGCCAAGUCCAUGGAGGCUCCAUCUCCCCGGUGUUGUCGUAAUACUGCGCAUGAUAAUUGAAUUUUUUCCGGCCGCCUCCAUAAUUGGAAUUUUGUUAUUCGAGUUCAAUGAACUGUGAGCGGAAAAAUUUGAAAUCAAGUGAAAUGUAAACAUCGGAAAAAUAACUCUCAUCAAAAAAGAAACAAGUUUAAAAUAAAAACACAAUGGAUAACACAACGCUGGCGACCCCUGACCCUCUGGCCACGAUGGCCACCUACGACGACAACUUGACGUCCUUCUUCUCCGAGGAGGAGCGCCAGGCCAUCGAGGGCACCUUGAUCUGGUUGGUACCGUUCUUCUUCGGGAUCAUCGCCUUGACGGGAUUCUUUGGCAACCUGCUGGUCAUCCUGGUGGUGGUCUUCAACAAGAACAUGCGCUCCACCACCAACCUGAUGAUCGUUAACCUGGCGGUGGCCGAUCUGCUGUUCGUGAUCUUCUGCAUUCCCUUCACCGCCACCGACUACGUGACCAAGGUCUGGCCCUUUGGCCUGUUCUGGUGCCGCAGCGUCCAGUACCUGAUCGUGGUGACGGCCUUCGCCUCGAUCUACACCCUGGUGCUGAUGUCCAUCGACCGGUUUCUGGCCGUGGUCCAUCCCAUUCGAUCGCGGAUGAUGCGGACGGAGAACAUCACCAUGAUCGCCAUCGUGACCCUUUGGGCGGUCAUACUAGUCGUCUCCACACCAGUUGGCUUCGUCAACGACAUGGUGGUAUUGUAUGACAACAAGACGAACAUCACCUAUGUCGCUUGCACCUACGAUGCAGGAAACGAGCUGCUCAGCCCGCGCUCCUUCCAGAUAUCCUUCUUCAUCAGCUCCUACCUGCUGCCGCUGAUGAUCAUCAGUGGGCUGUACGUCCGUAUGAUAAUGCGGCUGUGGCACCAGGGCAGUGGGGUUCGCAUGUCCAAGGAGUCGCAGCGAGGUCGCAAGCGGGUCACUCGCCUGGUCGUCGUGGUGGUCAUCGCUUUCGCCUCCCUGUGGCUGCCGGUUCAGUUGAUUUUACUGCUCAAGGCACUUAAUCUGUACAAGGCCGAUACCCUAUUCAAAAUCAUCCUGCAAAUCAGUGCCCAAACCCUGGCCUACAGCAGUUCCUGCAUCAAUCCGCUACUCUACGCCUUCCUCUCCGACAAUUUCCGGAAGGCCUUCUACAAGGCCAUUAACUGUUCGUCCCGAUAUCAGAACUACACAUCUGAUUUGCCGCCACCACGCAAGACGUCCUGCGCCAGGACCUCCACCACCGGACUCUAAGGAUGAAGGCAGAGCGAUGCGAUUGACCGAUAGGUGACCACAGGAGCCUCCAUCAUCAUCUCG